UUUUAGAGGCAUGCUUGAAAUCCAAAACAGUGAAAAAAGUUAUUUACACUUCUUCUGCGGUUGCAGCUCUCUUCAUUAGCAACAAGAAAGAUGUUGAAGAGAUUAACGAGAACAUGUGGUCCGAAGUCGACACCUUACGAGAGAGCGGUAAAUGGUAUCCGCUAUCGAAAACACUGACAGAAAGGGCAAUGUUUCAAUUUGCAGAACAACAUGGUUUAGAUCUUGUUAGUGUACUUCCUUCAAUGAUUGUAGGCGGCUUUCUCACUUCCUUUCUUCCCUAUAGUUUGAAGAUCUCUCAAGCUUUAGUUUUGGGUGAUAAAGAACAUUACAACCUACUGAGCACUAUAAAUAAUGCGGUACACAUAGACGACGCGGCAUCAGCGCAUAUCUUUCUUUUUGAAUGCUCAAAUGCAAAAGGGAGAUAUAUUUGUUCUUCAGAUGAUAUUACUGUCCAUGACAUUGCUAAAUUUAUGUCCACGAAAUAUCCAGAGCUUCAGUUACCAACUGAAUUAUUGAUGGAGAUUGAAGAAAAAAAGCCAAUUCAUUUAUCGUCAGACAGGCUGUUAAGCUGCGGAUUCAAUUUCAGGUACAAUUUUGAGGAUAUGUACACCGAUGCAAUCCAGUGCUGCAAAGACAAGGGGUUCCUUUAAGAAAAUCUUUAUCUAUUUGUAGAAAUAAAUAUCAAGAAGGCAUAAAGCCAUAAACAAAAGGGUCCGGGGUGUAAUCCUCACUGUAGCUAAAU